AUGUCGUCCUCUAUCCCCAUUCCUCGGCGCAAGAGAAAGUCGAGUAGCCACUCCACCUACCAUAUUAACGAGUCUUCCUCGUCAUCCUCCGCGUCGUCGUCUUCAUCCUCGUACAAAAGAACACCAUUCUCACACAGUCCCACCACUCCACCCCAGGCAGCUAUAUUCGGCCGAGAUCGGAGACCAUCAUUGUUAAGCGAGUCGAUCUCCAAAACCGAGCACAUUGUUAUCAACAUUGGGCAACCAGAUGCACCACGGCUGAUAUCGUGCGUCAAGGCAUCACAAGGCUUUGACUGGAACCCUGAUAUCUUCCUCCCAUCAUACCACGACCACGACUAUGGUGACCUGGAGCGCAAACAGGAGCCAGUCAAGGACAUCAUUCUCACCGAUGAAGAGAUAAAGAACAUGCUCCCGCAAUGA